CUCGACAUCGAUAAUCCCUGCUGGGACGACCUCCGGUUUGAUUCCGCUGAUGUUGGGGCGCCCCCUUGGAUGGCGGACGACAACGUGCGAAAGGCGAUUCGCGGCGUCCUGUUACGUGACAGGUGCGCUGAGGAGGAGGCGCGCCUCGCGCACGAGCGGGAAAACGUCCUGCAGUGGUUUGAGGAGGAGUGGAUGUCAUUGCGAGCAGCGAUGGCGGUCGCUAUUGGAGUGCCAGAUGCCCCAGCUCUUAUUCAUCAACUUGAAGGCCGCCGGCGGGCUUUCCUGCGCUUGGCCGUCCAAUGG